UGAGAGACUGCAGGCAUCUCUGUGAUCUCCGGGCUCAAGGCUGCACUCGGCGCACUACACAGCGAACUACACGGCAUCAUUACUGGAUAGGCAAAGGACCACUGUGUAUCUAUGACUAUUUUCCAGCUCUUGUAGCCGUUUCCCCCCCUUUUUCCCGUGCACUUUAAUUGGAGAACCUCGCCAAGAUGAUGUCCAUGAACAGCAAACAGCCGCACUUCGCCAUGCAUCCCUCUUUACCCGAGCACAAGUACACCACCCUGCAUUCCAGCUCGGAAGCUAUAAGGAGAGCCUGCCUACAAACUCCACAGCUGCAGAACAACAUAUUUGCGAGCCUGGAUGAGACCCUGCUGGCCCGGGCUGAGGCUUUGGCGGCCGUGGACAUCGCCGUGUCCCAGGGCAAGACGCACCCGUUCAAGCCCGACGCCACCUACCACACGAUGAGCACAGUGCCAGUGCCAUGCUCGUCGACAUCCACUGUCCCACUGGCCCACCACCACCAUCAUCACCACCACCACCAUCACCAGAACCUGGAGCCCCCGGACAUCAUGGACCACCUCAGCUCGCCGUCCCUUGCCCUGAUGUCCAGUGCGCACGACGGGACCGGCGGUGGAGGUGGCGGGGGCGGCGGAGGUGGCGGCGGAGGGCUCAUCUCCACCUCCUCCCACCCGCACUCUCACAUGCACGGCUUGGGUCACCUCUCCCACCAGGCUAUGAGCAUGAACUCGCCUCUCACCCACCACGGGCUCUUACCGGGCCAUCACGGAGGGGGUCAAGGCGGCCCAGGUCUCACUAACACCGGACUCCCCUCCAUCAAUGACUCGGACACAGACCCAAGGGAGCUGGAGGCUUUUGCGGAGCGCUUCAAGCAGCGGAGGAUCAAGCUUGGGGUGACCCAGGCGGACGUGGGCGGCGCUCUGGCUAAUCUCAAAAUCCCCGGCGUGGGAUCACUGAGCCAAAGUACAAUUUGUCGAUUCGAGUCGUUAACUCUCUCCCACAACAACAUGAUUGCGCUCAAACCUAUCCUUCAGGCCUGGCUGGAGGAGGCCGAGGGGGCCCAAAGGGAGAAAAUGAGCAAACCUGACAUUUACAACGGAGGGGAGAAGAAACGCAAGAGGACCUCGAUAGCGGCCCCAGAAAAGAGGUCUUUGGAGGCUUACUUCGCCGUACAGCCUCGACCGUCGUCCGAGAAAAUAGCAGCUAUUGCUGAAAAGUUGGACCUGAAAAAAAAUGUGGUGCGAGUGUGGUUUUGUAACCAAAGACAGAAGCAGAAGAGAUUGAAAUUUUCAGCUACUCACUGAUGGGUGAGGAAAAGAAAAGAAAAAGUUGUGUGACUGAAUUUGGGGACCAAGGGACACUAAGACACCAUUUUCAGUCUUUUGUCUCCAGCGAUUUUACACGUUGGUACACAAUGGGCUUUAGAUACCCAUUUUAUUAUGAGGCUUCAUAUAUCUUGUUUAUUUUCACGUUAUCGGUGAAUGUGAAGUAUGCAAAUAACAGAUUACACAAAUUUCGCUCAGUUGUUUCGAGGGAAAAGUUUAGCGACGUCGACAUUGCCUUUUAAAUCACGUGGAAAGAGGUAAUUUGCUUGAUACUAUAGCGAGUUAUUUUCUCCAAAUAGGCCUAUUAUUUGAAGUAAUAUAGCCAUUUACGAAUUACCUCAUUGAUUGUUGAACUGUGUUUUGGUUUGAUUUUUGUCGUUGUUGGUAGAAUAAUUCAUGAAUCUGUUCAUUUAUUCACCAGUUCAGUUUGGAGGCUGCUAUAAACUCAAAUUUAGUUGCAAACAUUUAUGGCUAACGAACAAAAUGUAGGCCUGCAUGAAAUCCGUAUUCACGGGCAGUAAUUUAGCCUCUAUAGGCUGUUACAUCUAUAGAUAUAUUUAUUUUGAAUUUGCACAAAAGACCCCUUAGGUUUAUAGAUCGGUUAUUUCGAAAUGAUUUUGUAUAUACAGACAUCACUUUGUCACCUAUCAGAGUUGAGCUCCUGUAUUUUGGAAAUAAAUUAUGGGUCUAUCAACACCAUUGGCAUCACUUGGAAAAGUUUCAAACACAUCCAGAGAGCACGAAAGCCUUGUCAGCUUCAUCAAGGAGAGAUCAAAAUGGAAAAAAGAAAAAACUAAGUUUUCUUUCAAGUGUUUCAGUUUGCAGUGCAAACACACUAUGCAUUGGAAAAAAAACUCACUGCGUACAGUAGAGCUGUCUACUGGUAGACCUGAUGUUGUGGAUGGUGUAAGUCACUGUUAAAUGCCUGUUUUCACAUUAAGAUCACCACGUUGUUUGUCGUGUUAAUUGUUACGGAAACGUUGUGUAAGUAAUAUUUUACUUUGUGCACAAGUAUGUUUACAAAUCUGCGGCGUUCAUGGAAAAUGUCCCACUGUCUCCUUCCCUCUCUCACAACUUCUCCACUCUCCUCUGUUGUCCUCUUACUUUCCUUGGUACUAUUCAUCCUGUAAGCCAAAUCCAACAGGGAGGUGUGU